CCUAAAAUGGAACACCAUGAGGUUGGAGAAGUACCCGGAACCGCAAUACUAGGUUUCUCUCUCUCUCUCUCUCUCUCUCAACCUCCCUCUAAAUUGCUCUCACUCUCCCCACACCACCUUCUCUUUGUGGGUCCCAGUCACAGACAAACCCUCCAAUUCCAUCUCCAUCCUCAUCUCGACUCUGCAACCAACACCACCACUCUCUCUCUCUCUCUCUCUCUCUCUCUCUCUCUCUCACAGAACCCAGAAACCCAAGAGCUCACAUUCUUACGUCUUCAAUCUGAACAGCAAUUUCCGUUUCUGUUUGUCCUUCUCGUCUUCUUCUUUUAUGGUGCAGACAACCCCCUCAGAAACCCAGAAAGUACUUUUGAAAGGUGCCAUAUCCAUCUAGUUUUUAGUGCCAUAUCGUACAAAAGUCAUUGAUAAAAAAAUAAUAAAUAAUAAAAAGAGAGAGAGAAGAAUUUGUAAAGUAAAAUCCAGAGGGCCCACCCGAAUCAGAGGCAGUGCAGCUACAAGCAAUAAUAGAGUAACUAACCGAGUUAUAAGAAAGUAGUGUCCUAUAAACGAAGCCGUGUUUGGCCGCUGGGAAAUCUUAGUUGGUAGGAAUGACACCCGGCAGCAACAACAACACCAGCGGAGCACAGAACGAGGGAGUUGGGUCCACGGGGUCGAGCUCGCUGGUAGGUGGGGCUGAGGGUGGUGGAGGUCAUGGAGGAGGGGUCACGCUGAAGAAGGGACCCUGGACGGCGGUGGAGGACUCGAUUCUCACGGAGUACGUGAGGAAGCACGGGGAAGGGAACUGGAAUGCGGUGCAGAGGAACUCCGGGCUCGCCCGCUGCGGCAAGAGCUGCAGGCUCCGCUGGGCCAACCACCUCAGACCUAAUCUCAAGAAGGGUGCCUUCUCCCACGAGGAGGAGAGGCUCAUUCUUCAGCUCCACGCUAAGUACGGCAACAAAUGGGCUCGCAUGGCAGCUAGGUUACCUGGACGAACAGACAACGAAAUCAAGAACUACUGGAACACGAGGGUGAAGCGGCGGCAGCGGCAAGGCCUCCCUCUCUACCCACCUGACAUCCAGCCAUCACCCCAAUCCUAUUCCCAACCCACCACUCCAGCCACCUCCACCCCUUCAGCCCCAUCCACACCCACUAACCCAAACACUCCGACCUUCCAUUUCCACUCUCACCACCAAUAUCCUUCUUUAACUCUCUCCCCCACCCCACCACCCCACUCUCCUUCUCACCAACCCCUUUCUCCACAGCCCUUCACCACCGGCACCUCUUUCCCUCUCUUUGACCCCACCACCACCACCUCCUCCUCCUCGUUCACCUUCCAGCGUCCCCCGCCGAUCCUAGGCACCCCUAUUCGCUUCAAGCGCCGUGACUCUACCGGGUUCUCACUGCCUAUUCCGUCAACAACACAGAGUAAUAAAGCUCCUCUGGGUCAGCUUGCAUUGACCCAGUUGCCUGAUAUGGCUUCCUUUCAGUUCCCAGUGACUUUUAGCCACAGUUCGCCGCAGCUUCUGAGGACCCAAUUAGAACUAGACCAAAUGGUGUCGCCGGUCUUUGCUUAUUCUGUGAAACAGGAGCUCCCUUCAAACCAAUUAUCAUCCCAUCCUUCUCGGGCCGAGAUGUCAGAGAUUACCAUCGAUACCAAGGUUAAUGCGGCUGCGAGUCAGGGCAGUGGCAAUGGGUUGUUGGAGGACUUGUUGGAGGAGGCUCAGGCAUUGGCAGCGUCCAGCCACGGUUUGAAGACCCAGAGUUUUUUGGAAGAAAAGCGUGUGUUCGAGGGGUUCAAGGGUUCCGGUUCUACUCAUUGCUCUUCUGGAGUGAAACCACAGGAAGAAUCAGGGGUUCUGAUCAACUCCAUGAAUGAAGACUUGUCGAAACUGUUCAAUGGUAUCCCUUCAAACAUGCAAGUCCCAGAUUGGUACAGCGAUAGUGGGGAAAUCUCCAAUGGCCAAUCUUCAGGUGUAACAGAUGAUAAUAUUGGGAUCGACAUGCAACAUAUAGCUUCAUUUUUUCCACUUGGUGCCACAACUGACCACGGUAGAACCCCCGACGCCUGCUCUUGGGACAACUUGCCUGGAAUUUGCUAAGAUGCAAGUCCAUGCAUAUGAGUUAAUUAAUGAUUAUAAUACAUAAAAUAAAAAGGCUUCAAAGUCAGUAUGGGGUUUUAUCUUUCCUUUUAUUUUGUUUUGAUGGGAUUUGUUUUAAUAGGUAGUAUUUCCUUCAUUAUUCUGAACUUGGAAGCAGGGGCAGAAUGAUCGUUUCUAUAUAUCUAAACAAUGAAUUAUCAGCAGCGUUGCUGGUUCCUCAAAUGCAAUGCUUCGUCUUAUGGACAUUAAUUUAGAGCCAAAGUUAGUGUGUUAGCCGAAGCAUUGUUGCACUGUUAACGGAACUCAAUUCUAUGUAUUUAGUGUCUAAAUUUAGCUGGA